AUGGACAACAUUUUUGAUAAGUUGUCAAUGGACUCCAAACGUUUAUCGAGGAGCGUGGAGAAAGAAGAGACCCAGCCAAAGCAGGGGGUCCAGGAACUGGAUCCCGAUCUUACCGACAGGCUUCGAGGACAAAGUCCGUAUAUCAUCGGUAUUAUAUGUUAUAACGACAAGAGCACUCUGAACGCUAAGAAGGUGACGGCAAUGCUUAGCGAUAUAAUGGUUUUUCGAGUUCCAAAGAUUAUCGUCAAGCGCUUUGUUCUUGAUGCCAACGGCAACAAAAAGUACGGCCAGGACGAUCAGGGAGAGGUCCUCUUAGUGGAUGCGGACACAAAGCUGCAUGUUAAGAUUCGACAAGGUCUAGAGAUCACGGAUAUCAUUGUCCCAUUAGCAGAACGUUUCGCCGAACGCUUUGACCUGGGAGACACUAGUCGGGAACUCCUAGCGAACGUGCUUACGAUGACGAGAGUCGAGCAAGUUAUUGAAGGACUUGAGAGAGCAGGUGUCAGCAUAUCUCCAACAGCCAUCGCCGAAGUUGCGACUGGACCUGAACCCGACGAAGAUUCUGACGACGCCAUCCUUGCUGAGGAUCCCACCGAAAGCCUUGGGUUAACUUUCAGACAAUUACAGAUCAGCGAAGUGGAGGAGGAUCGUGUUUCAGAGACGGAAUUCCGGGAACUCCAACAGCAAAGACUAUCACCAACGCCAAGUGCACAGAGUCGAAGAAGAAGAAGCGAUGCAGGGAUCUCCUCGCCAAUAUCAUUAAGGAGAAGUUCAGCCCAUACUUCUAUCAGCGGAGUACAAUCCAUUGCUAUCACCGCGACCGGCCCAGCUGCUACAACCGAGACUAUCGCGCCCUUGGUCGAGAGGCUGAGUAACGCAAAGCUGUCCGACGCAACCCAUGACGUUUUUCACCAUCGAUCUACGACAUCCACUCCUUCAAGACCAGAAUCUAGCGAAUCACAAAUACCAGAUUUUGGCGGCGGAACCUCAUUUCAGUUCACUUUCAAUCCACCCGCUUCUCAACAUCUUGUGAAAAAUACAGAUGUUGGCGCAAGGAAUCAAACAGGAACGAAUGAGUCAGCGAUCUCCCGCAUCAUUGUUGACAGCUCUCAAGAUUUCCAGUCCGAUUCAGAUGCGCUAUACUCCUCAUCAGAUCAUACACACGGACAACUGGUAACCCCAACCCGGACAAUUCAACGAGUAGGCGGUCACCUGUCCUCUGGAAGAUCCGGUAGGAUCAACUACGGAGGAAACAGCUUCAUCGCUCAAGAAACUCUUGCGGACACGCCGCACGAGAUCGGAUUUGCUGGAGAACAUCUGGUCUACAAGUUCUUGGAAGAAAAGUUAUCGCCGUCGUUCACACCAGAGAACUGGACUAGCCGGAAUCGAAAAAAGGUCUUUUCAAGCCAAUUGAGCAGCGGGUUUCGCGAAAAGACUUCGCCGACUUCACAUACGGGGACACCGAAGGGAGAAUGCGUCGGUAUCUGA